AUGGCUAUCGAUCUGAUUCGGAUUACUGGAAUGAGGAAUGAGGACGAUGUCGAUUGCGAUGCGAAGAAAAUAUGCUUUUGGAAAUCCCAUACUAUCCAAAACGGUUUAUUUUUUCAAAGAAUUGAAUUACCAUCGUUAUUACGAUGUGUGGAACGAUGCAUUGACAAUAUUGAGUAUUGCAAAGCUGCCUUGUUUAUAUCUGAACAAAAUAAGAAUAAAAGUUUCUGUCAGCUGUAUGGUACAAAUUCGAAUUCAAGUGAUAAUAGUAUCACACUGGAAAAUUCUUUAAAUCCGACAAGUACAGUGUUCGAAAUUCUUGAUAAGUGUCCGGUAACGAAUGCUUCCCCAAAAUUUGAAAAUGAUUUGUUGGGGACGAUAAAAUUAGAACUAAAGCAGAAACUCGAAUCAUGGUCUGAUCCAGAAUCAUCAACUUCAUUACCGCUACAAGCAGCGCAACAAUUUAAGAAUAAAGAAUCGACCAGAAAGAGAACGAGUAAACCGGUUAGACCAUCAAUUGCUAGAUCAGUACCAUUGGCUCAAGAUCGUUUUAAUCCUUCAUCUUCACUUUACGUCAACAAACUCUUACCGCAUGCAAAUCAUUACUCAACAACUUCAUCACAAAUUUCAUCAAAUAUCAACAACAAUUAUUUACCAAAACAGGGUUAUUCAAUUCCAACUAAUGAAAUACCGCUUCUAUCACCCAUUAAACCGGCUGUUGUAAAUCAUGGUCGACAAGGGGCAAUCUAUAGUAGAUGUCAAGGAGGAAAUUGUUACGCACCAUCACUAGCUUACUUUCAAAAAUCAGGCUAUAAUUGGCCAUGUCCAACUUAUUUACCUCGCUGUGAACCAAAGAGACCUAAUCCUUGUUUUACUGUAACGUGUCCACAAGUAUCCACAGAUUCUCUCAAUUCAGUUCCUAAAACAACAUUGUUCAAUAAAGAAUGGUCCGGAAGUUAUAUCAACAAACCGCAACAAUCCAAUAAACCUGAACCGGAAGAUCUGUCACACAGUUCGGUGCAACCAUUAUCAACAACAACAGUUCAACAUACGGAGAGUAUGAUAAUUUCCUGGUCAGAAUGGUCAGCACAAACUCCAUGUUCAGUUACUUGUGGGAUAGGUGUCACAACGCGGAGACGAUUUUGUUCAGUUGAUGGACAAUGUGAAGGUGAGUCGGUGAAAGAAGAACUGUGUAGUAGUGGUCCAUGUCCAGAAUGGGAGACUUGGUCAGAAUGGACCGAAUGUUCGCGGAGUUGUGAUGGUGGUGAGCGAUCACGUUCGCGUAUCUGUUCUGUUAGUAGACAGUGUGAUGGGCCUUCAGUGAUCGUAGAAGUAUGCAAUGUUGAGAAUUGUGGCCAAUGGUCUACAUGGGGCAAUUGGGAACAGUGCUCUGUGACCUGUGGAAUUGGACAACAAAUAAGACAAAGGCAAUGUAUGGGUGGUAAUUCGUGUAUUGGUGAAACCAUUGAAAAAAAGACAUGCAAAGAACCACUUUGCCCUUCUUGGUCCACUUGGGAAUCGUGGAGCAUGUGCAGUGUCAGUUGUGGUAGUGGAAAACGGCAUCGAAUAAGGAUUUGUCAUGGUAGUAACAACUGUAUCGGUGAUGCUGAAGAACAUGAAGUAUGCAUGGAGAAUUCAUGUCCAGAAUGGACCAACUGGUCAUCAUGGACACAGUGCACUGAAACCUGCGGUACAAAGGGAAGUAAAUUACGCGUAAGGACUUGCAUAAGAAAUAAUUUGAUAAGUUCGCUUUGUGAUGGUGCAGCACAAGAUCAAAUGUUAUGCAAAGAUCUGCCCGAAUGUCCUAGCUGGAUUCCAUGGAGUUCAUGGUCAAUAUGUAGUGUCACUUGUGGACAUGGUCAACAAAAUAGGCAACGAUGUUGCCUUCCAACGGGUAUGAAAUGCGACGGUGCCGAGCGGGAGUUUCGAUUUUGUCAGGAAUCGGUAUGUCCAUAUUGGGAUGAAUGGUCCUCAUGGAGUGCCUGCUCUGUUACCUGUGGUUUUGGUAUUCGCGAACGAAGAAGAAAAUGUAUAAAAAAUGAUGUCACGAAAGAAGGCUUCUCUAUGGAAGAUGUAAUAAAGAAUGAAACAACAACAAUAGGGAGCAUAAAACCGGAAGUUAUUCCCCAAGAUAAAAGUGACCUGUCUGCAGAUGAUCAUGGUGACAUUAAGAUAUCAAGCAAUACUUCGCAACACAGUAAUAAUGUAUUAACGUCAACUAUGUCCUCCGUUCGCGAGAAUAUUUCAGUAAUCAGGUUUAUUCGAGAUUAUAACAGUUGCAAUGGGAAUUCUGUCGACAGGGAACGGUGUGAUGCAGGGCGUUGUUGUAAACUUACCGAAUGGACAACAUGGACUGUUUGUAGUGUAACUUGUGGUGGCGGCAUUCGUGAAAGACACCGAAUCUGCUCUUCUCAGAUUGAUAGACUGCAAACUUCUGAAUUUAUUAGAUCACCAAGUUAUUCAAAAAUGAUACGAAAGCACAUGUCAAUAGAACCAACUGUUGUGCAACAUGGAUUUGGUCCCGCUGUCGUCGGACACUAUGCAAGAUCAAAUUAUGAGACACAAGGCAUGCUAAAACCAUUUGUAGCUGGUGACUCAGAAUUUGCAAUAUUGAAAUGGUUGCAACGGAUAGUACCGGUAAAAUUAGGAAGUUUAAUGCGAAUACAUCGGCGAGCAGCAAAUGCUUAUAAUUUUGGACCAUUUGAACAAGAUGGUUUUGUACAAAAAGAUGAAUCUCUUUGUCGUUGUGAUGGAGAACUGCGGGAGGAGGAUAGCUGUGCCGAAAUACCAUGUCCUGAGAGAAGCAAUGCCUCGACAUGUGGUUGGUCUCAAUGGACCGAAAGAUGUGGUUGUAUUGGAUCAUGUGAUCAGAGAAAUUGGAUACGAACUCGGUACUGCAUUGAUGGUAUCCCGGCAAAUGAUCAUGCAUCAAAUAGCAACAUUGAAAAAAACCCUUGCAUUCUUCCAGGAUGCUACAUAGGGAAAGAAUUACGGCGGUUAUCCACAACGGAACAGAAUGCAGCAAUAUUUCGUCCGCAUCCAACUCAGGCAGAGUUGCUUAACCUUUCUCAAUAUAACUGUCGUCCAAUAAUACCAGCUAAACGUGAUAUUAAUAUGGACUGUUUGUGGUCAUCAUGGAAUUCUGACACUUCUUAUAUGAAUGACUCCAAAACAAGGACACGAUCUUGCAUUGGUUUUUCAACAAAGACCAGAUGUGAAUGUGAUGGCAAACUUGUGGAACAGGUUGAAUGCUUUUGUCCACAAAUGGAAAUGGUUAGAUUAAAUGCGAGUUUCAAUGCACCAGCAAAAUUCACACCACCAUCGAGAGGUGCUGGAAUGUCUGAGGAACGAAUGACCGCUUAUAAUAGUAAUUUCAACAUAGGUACUUGUUCAUGGGCACGGUGGGGACGAUGGAGUGCUUGUUCUGAGACAUGUGGUGUUGGCAAGAUUAUACGAAAACGUUCCUGUUCUUGCAGGUCCUGUAGUUUUGGAGAAUCUACGGAAGUAAAGUCUUGUGAAUUGAAAAAUUGUUAA